AUGGGUGAAAAACGAAAAGCUCGUAUGACAAAUAAUGAAAAAACAUCAAAAAAGGAAAAAAAAUCUAUUAAUACUGUUACACCCACGGCAAAUAAUGAUGAUAUUGAAGAACAAUCAUCAAUGCAUUCAAAUAGUAGUACUACGGAUAGCAAUAGUCAACAACCGUCAAUUACAAAAGAAAAUACUAAUCCUAAUGAAAUAGAAGAAUCUCAAACAAUAACUCCAAUUGAUGUUGAAAAUAUAACUAACGAUGAUGAUGAUGUUGAAUCAAAACCAUCAACGAAUGACAAUGAUGAUAAUCAUAAAAUAAUAAAUGAAUCAAAUUCAACAACAAAAUCAUGGUGGUCAUCAUUAGUUCGUCUUUUUCAUUUUCGUAAUAAUACAAAUGAAAAUAAACCUCAAAUAAAUGGCUCAACAAAUCAUCAAUCAUCUCCAUAUGUCAAUGGAAAUUAUUUGAGUAAUAUUAAAUGUCGUCGAUCACUUCAUGAUGAAUCAUUAGUUAAUUAA